AUGGGGGCAGGAGGGUUGCUGCGCGAUGAGCUAGGGCAGUGGGUGAGAGGUUUCCAGGCUUUCCAAGCAGGAGGGAACCCACUGUUAUCAGAAGCUUGGGCCUUGAAACUAGGAUUACAAAUGACUUGGGAUGCAGGCUUCAGAGAUGUGAUUUGCAAUUUGGAUUGUGGUGAGCUUUUAAAAUCCUUGGGAGAGGUUGACAGCAGACAUUUCCUCCCUAUCUUGGAUGAUAUUAUUCAGUUUUUGGAUAGACCGUGGAGAGUCUCUUUGAGUGCCUUCAGCCGUGAUUGUAACAUGCCUGCCGACCGGUUAGCCAAAAGAGGAGCUUCAAACCCAGCACUGUCUCUUUGUCUGCUAGAUACUCCGCCUAUGGAGCUUGAAACCCUCAUUAUGAGGGAUCGUUUUGCUGCUUUGUAG